CGUGUGCUGUAGAGGGGUGCAGUCGCGGUAAGCUGCGCAGUAUGUGACGUCCGAGAUCAUACAUCGGGCGAUUGGGUACGUGUGGAACUGAUGACAGCAAGCGUCUGACGAUUGGAAGUUGAGUUGCUUGCAGUGUUGAAUAGCACCUUCCAUGAGCUCAAUGCAGGCAAGAGUCUUAGCCCACCAAUCAGGGAGUUGUGCUCUAAUGCCGAUGCGAUGCUCACCAUUUGGUAUUUCUCCAUCACCCACACGAUGCUCCUUGCUCCUACCGUGCACUGCUCCAUCGACUACGCAGGCAGCGCAGAGUAUGCGUGGUGCUCAAGACGGGUUCCGGCACGGAAGUGGUGCCGUACAAGCCAGGAGCUGCACUCGCCCAGCAAGUUUGAAGGGGAAAGCGUCGCGCCACAGCAAGUGCAUCAGGAACGCGCCACACAACCGGCUCCACUCGCCUCGGGUGGAUUGUUUAUCUGGAAUGUGUCGCCCAUCUGCUCAGCAUCAACAAUCGGUCUUCGCACCCGCGUCCUCCUCGCAGCCUUGGAAGAAAACGAAUCACAUGCGCACAAAGUCGCACGAAGUCGGGUGAUCAACAAGCGGAGAACGAACCGCAAGGCUAGCACUUGCGCCGGGCGCAUCGUGUCAGUGACGUAUAGAUCGGGCCCACUAAUUAAAGCCACUAGAGGCGCGCAUCACCCAUUUG